AAUAGUAUUUUAUAGAUUUUAUAGUAUAUUAUAGAUUUCAAAAAAUAUUAUUAUUAAAAUUGUUCCAGAAUUCAAUUUAAUCAAACCAACCAUAAGGAUUGUUCAUGGUUAUUAUGUACUUAAUCCAGCCCUAUACAAAAUUUAGUAUCUGUCUAACAAAACAAACUAUUGUUUUUAUUUUAUAGGUAUUGUAUGAAACUGACAUUAAAUGUACUGCAAGUGCCUUAAUUAACAACAAUUAAUAAAAAAAAUAACACGCAUUUUAGCAUCCUCACUGAAAAUACCUAUUCCUACUACUCUACUCUUCAACUAAGUUCUAUUGUCAAGUUUGCGUUUUGUACAUCACACUUUGUGUCCUAUAUUUUGUCUUUGUCUAUCUGAAGAAAGUUCUCACUGAAAAGAGCGAGUCAAGUAGAAAACAUUUAAGUUGACAGUGUUGUCAAUGGAUUGCGUUCUAUUUUUUUGAUGCCGAAAUUAAAUUCGACUUAAAGAUAACGCCUAUUUAAGUUCAAGGCCAUUUAAAAUUAAAUUGUUUAGAUUUUUCAAUAUUACUACUAUGCUAAAAGAAUUGAUUAAAAGUAUUUACCUUUUCCCUUUCUAAAAUAAACGUAUCACGUGAUCUUAUAUUGAAUUUUAAUUGGUCGUCGUGAGCGUGCCCUGCGCGACGCGAGAGGCGCAAUAAUUUUCCAAAAUGCCGUCGGAAUCUAAACCUUUGUUAGCUGCUCAAACAGAAAAACCAAAUCAUUACAAAUAUCUUAAGGAGUUUCGGGUAGAGCAGUGUCCGUCUUUCUUACAACAUAAAUGUACACAACAUAGGCCUUUCACUUGUUUUCAUUGGCAUUUUAAUAAUCAAAGACGACGAAGGCCCGUAAGAAAAAGAGAUGGGACUUUUAACUAUAGCGCUGAUAACUACUGUACAAAAUACAACGAGACAUCGGGCAUCUGUGAGGAUGGGGACGAGGAUAAGCGCAGAUCACCAAGGAAGUAUAAAUAUCGUAGCACACCGUGUCCCAAUGUGAAGCACGGGGAAGAGUGGGGCGAGCCCAGCAACUGCGAGGCGGGCGACGCUUGCGGCUACUGCCACACGCGCACCGAGCAACAGUUCCACCCCGAGAUAUACAAGUCCACCAAGUGCAACGACGUGCAGCAGGCCGGCUACUGUCCUCGCGGCCUCUUCUGUGCCUUCGCGCACGUCGAGCCCGAGGAGCUGGGGGCUCGCGAGCUAGCUGGUGCGCUGGACUGCGGCACCAGUUUGGCCGAGUUGCUGUCUUCAGCGCUGCCCCCCGACAAGAAGGCGGAGCGCGCCGCCUCUCCUGCGCCUCCGUUACCAUUGGCGUUGGCACCUGUCAGCAACGGCAGCGGUGACGGCUCCGAGUGCGCGUCUACGUCAUCGGGCGGGUCGGCCGGCCGAGCGCUGCGCCACGAAGACCACAAACCCGCACCGCCGCCGGCUUGGCCCGCGCGGGCACCAUUUGAUGCCGGCGUAUUGCACGAUGUAGUGGGCAACGCUCUCGAUGACUUGCAUCUGGACGAGCCGUUAAAUCUCGUGGCUGCACUCGACCGCGACCUAGCGGAUGGUGAAGGCUUACUGGCGAGUUCUGCGCCGGUCAACAUCCCGCAGGCGCGACCCACAUUGCGUGGCUUCAGCCCACCGCCUGCAGGCUCGCCGCUGCCGUCAUUCCUGAGAUACUCCAAUGAAACCGAGCGUCUAUUUAAUUCCCACGCUAUGAAGGCUGGUAGCUUCGGCGGUGGCGGCGGCGCAUUCGAGUACGCGGCCGCGUCGCCGUCGGCUCCGGGUGAGCUAUCGCGCCUGCGCGAGGAAGUGGUCGCCUCGCGCCAAGCCGUGGCGCGCUGGGACGAGCGCCUGGCGCAGGCUCGCUCGGCAUGCGAGGCCUGGCAGCGCGAGGCGGACGAGGCGGCGCGCGCGGCGGCGCUGGCGGAGCGUCAGCGGGACGACGCGCGCGCCGCGGCGCUGGCGCUGCGUCGCGAGCUGGAGGCCGCGCGCGCUGCACUGGCCCCGCGGCGCGAGCUGCGCGGGCUGCCGUUGACGGCGCUGAAGGCGCUGCAGGCGCAGGCGCGCGCCGAGCUGGAGGACAUCGAGAAGGUCCUGUACCUGGAGACGGCCACGAAGUGCAUGGGCUGCGAGGAGCAGCCCCGCAGCGUGACGCUGGCGCCGUGCAACCACUACGUGCUGUGCGAGACGUGCGCCGCGACGGCCGCGGAGUGUCCGUACUGCCAGACGCCGGUGCAGCACCACCAGUAGCGCCCUGUGCACCGCUGGGAUCAGUUUCAUCAGAUUGUUUCUAUUUGCAAAUAGAUGUUCAUGAAGAUUAUGUUAUCUGUUCAGAUUAUAACAAUACUACAGGUCUAGGCUUACUAGGCUCCUUCUUGAAUACUGGUAAAUUGUGAUUGUCUGCAAAUAAUAAUAUAUAGUUAUCCAACUGCACAUAUACAGAUAUCAAAUGAUGGCUAUAACUUAAUACUGGAAAUGCCAUGAAUAUUCGGUUACUUAUAUUUGGUAUUCUUGUUUGUUGAAGUUGGAAGUACCAAAUACUAAAUCAAGGAAAACAGAUGCAUACUAACAAAUACCUUACACUGGUAAUAAUUUGAAGUUAGGUUCGUCUUUAAAAUCCACACAAGCACACAGCCACUCUCUUCCUCCGGACGGCGCGUAGACUAGCCGAAUAUUCGGUAUUUAGCCAAAACACUAUUUGUGGUACCUCUAUUCCAUACCACCUCAUCAUUGACUUGACUUGUUCACCAGCUCACCAAAGUUGCAGAUAAUUAUACAAACAGAUUGAAUAUUUACAAGUGACAUUAUACUAGAGUUGUAACAUGAUGUUAUGGUAUAUUAUGCUUUGAUGUUAACAAUUUUGUUUAUUAGCCUCUCGUGUUAGUGGACUGUUGCUUUUAUAUUCAUAAAGAUUCAAACAAAAUAUAGGUAUUUAUGAGGUUUUAUCUUGAAAAUUUUACUUUGUGGUUAUGCUUUCACCAAUUAUCUUAGAUGUUAAGAAAAUUUUGUAUCAAUUUGGAUAUUCUCAUUGUGACUCAAUUUAUAUAGUAAGUUAUAAUAUUGUAUAUUGAUAUUGAUGGAAGCACGGCCAUGAAUGUACUAGUGCUCGUAAGUAUUGGAGAAUACUAUAAUGUAGUAUUUAGUUUUAUACAGAUAUCUACAAAUCAUUUUACAUAUUCAAAUUAGGUUAAUUAAUAAUGGUAUGACAUGUCUAUCAAGAGCGUAGCUUGUAUUGGCUUCCUCGUCGUGUGAUCACAUAGCAUGAUUUUCUCUAUUAACUAGCUAUCUAAGGACCAAAAGUUUUCGAUAAAAAUAUUGAGAUUGUGAGUAGAUGAGUGGGCGCGCCGAGCCAAAGCGAUGUAGGAAAGGAGCGAAGCGCGCCGUCUCCUCUCCUAACUGAAACUAUUGCUUUACAUAUUUGCCUAGCUCUCCUGGCUAUCUGGCUAUCUUAGCUGCCCCAUUUGUAAAGCCGAAGAAUAUAUUUUUGUAGACGACGUUAAUUGCUUUUUUCAUAUUAAUGUUAUGAAGAAGCAAACUAUAUAAUAUAAAUCAUAAUCUAUUUGCAUUUUUGUUUCAUAUUGUAUUGACAAUGUUAUAUCUAAUAGUUUUAACUUGACGUUUGUUGUACUUGCGACCUCUAGUAGCGACGAUGGGUGCGACCGACAGUUGCUCUGAAUUUAACAAAAGUAACAAUAAAUCGUUGAUAUUGGCAAUCAUCAUUUAAUUUAACAAAUUAAGAGAGAACAUGACAUUACUUGGAGUGUUAAAGAGCAGAAAUAUCACUGCUUUCCUCAAGUUUAUAGAUAAAAAAUUGUAAGGCUAAACUAGUGUUUUAGUAAUGUUAUAAAUAGUUUCGCUUAUCUGUGUUUAAGAGAGCGAGGAGCUAUCUGACCGAGAGUACCUAAUAAGAACAGGCGCAAAAUGCACUGAGCUAUGGUUCAAUAGGUACAGGAAUGCCCAGAGUACAACUGAGAGGCCUUUUGCUGAAUGCUGCCAGACUGAGUUACUGCUGCCCAGAUUGAGCGAAGACAUUACUAGUCUGCCGGCAAAAUGUAUUUUUGUACUAAAUGAAAAACAGUAUCAUGCCUAGAGACCGCGUAUUAGAUUUAUAACACGUAGCGUUAUUUUAUGUUAACAUUCCCGAAUAAUCUAGAUAUUAUAAAUACAUAUUCGUUUGAAUUUAUCCAUGGCAUGACGAAUUCGGAAAUGAUUUAUUAGUUAUGCGUCAUAUAAAUUAAAAGGUUCUGUCAUAAAUCGUCAUGAAUCAACGAGUUAAGUGCCACAAGAGCAUGUCUAACGCAUUUAAUUUUAUCUUACUAAACAAUAUAUAAAUACUAUAUAAAUUGUUUGCAGAGUUCGAGAGAAACGGACUGGGGUAAAUAAAUUAUAUUAUUGACCAUCAUUUCUCAGACAUGGUUUAAGGCAUUGGCUGCCAAUAAAAAACUGUUGAAGGCAAAUCCUCCGCUAAUGUCGGUCACCAGUGACUGCCAUGGCGUUUAACGUGUUAAUAAAUUGUCAUUUAUUAGUAGAAUAGUUAUAUAGAAUAUUUAGAUGGAAGUUAUCAUUUUUAUAAUACAUUUGUUUUCUUUUACUGUACUAAAAAUUAUGUACAAGCAUAUAUUUUUAUUCAAAUAUAGUUAUGUAUUAUUGGAAAAUAUAUGUUACAUGUUUGUUAUAUGUUUAAACAAUAGUUGUGUAGAAUGUUCCAUACAGCAUCAGUACUACAUGAGUAAGGGUCUUAUCCAAUUAGGGUUUAGCAAACAACUGGUCUUGAGGGCAUGGAACACAGGUUGCUAAUCAGAUGGAAAUGAAGAGUUAAUUUAACUAUUGCCAGUAUCACAAUUUAAUUGGCAUUUCGUGCCUCGAAUAUACUAUUAUGUAAAUUAAAUAAUUUACAUGUUUUAUACAUAGACUAAUUUUAUAUAUUUUGCUAUGACAUUUAAAAAUAUCUACAAAUAAAACCGUUAACAUUUUUAGACAAUUAUCCUACGACGAAUCUAUUGAAAGGACAAUCUUAAGAUGUUUUACAAAAGAGAAAACGGCACAAAAUAUAAGCAAUAAGUUGUGAAAUCGUGUUGCCACCAUCGUGAGGUGCUUGAGUAUGUAAUAAAAUCUAUAAUCUCCAGUCCGAGUUCUAAAUAUUUAUAACACUAAUGUUUUUGUAUGGGUAUAAUUAUUGUAAUAGUAAUAUAACAAAUUAAACUUAGAUUAUAUAACUUAGAAUUAAGUAGUGUUUUCAAAUUGUAAUGGACAUUGAUUUAAGUGUGUAGAAGCGUUUUGUAUCGUAAAACAGAAGCAAUAUGACCACAGCCGCCUUUAUAAUAUUCAGAUAUAUACGAUGUUGAACGGCGCCGAGCACAGCGGAUACGUUUCUCGGCAUCACAAGUACGUGGCAGCACGGACAUGUUCCACGAGAUCUAUCUUAUUCCACAAUAGCAUUAAACGCACCCGCUGUGUUUCGGUUGUCUUUUUAUAAGUAUGUCGACACGGUACAUUUUGUAUACUGGAAUAAUGAAUGAAAUAAGAUGUUUGGAAUGUAUAGCGUGCAAGGGACCCUAGCCGACAAUCUUUGAAUGCAAUCGUUUUAAUCAAUUCCAUCUGGAUACAUUUUGUAAUAUUUUCCAUUGUAGUUGUCGCACCGCGUUUCUUGUGGUUUUGGCGAUAGAUAGAUAGAUUCUAUAUGUAUGUACUGUACGCGUUGUUAUCACAUGGAGUGGUUUUUUCACAAAUAUGUAAUCAUGUUAAUAACUAUAGAUCAGCACUAUUGCAAGCACAUAGGUACAACUGUUAUUAGGCUUUACUAUCGGCCAAUAGUUUGGGUAUCACCAUAUGUCUAUUUUCAGUCCAACAAGUAAUUUUAAGUUAUCUUUAUCAACUCAAAUAUUUUUCGCGUGUCUGCCUGCGUCCACCGAGAGCGCAUCCAUAAUUACGUGAGGCGUUUGAUAAGUUUAGCCAAGUCUCAUGCAUGCAUGUGUAGAAAGGUUUAGUGUAGUAAAAUACAUUAUUCCGCACAUGGUUAUGCUACUAGAUCGUCAAGCUUGGUAUUGCAUUUCUGUAUGCAAACGGUAUUAGGCUUGUCGAUAGACUGGCUGAAUUGAAGUGAGUUCGAGAGGGAAGAGAGGGAUUUCGAAACAUUUAAAUCGUCUCGCCGAAUCUAUGGACUCUUCAAGACUGCGGGCUCGUUUAUGUUAAUCUGCUAUUACCAAAUUUCAUAACUUCCUCCACCAAAGUAAAGAAAAGAAUCGAAGAUAUAUUUAUCAAUAACGUCACACAGCAACUUCGGCAUACUCACCCGAAAAUUACUGGUUUGGCAACGUAAACCUAUCCACAAUAGUCCUAUUGUCUUGCAAUGAAAACCUUACCUGUAUUACUAGGGGACCAUGUCUGCAUGUCUAACAACGAACACCUUAAAUAAGUAGUUUGAGUAACAAUGCUGGAUUGGGAAAUUCAUGUCCCAAGAAAUUUUCCCGUUUCUACAUUUAUCAGCAAAUGCAGUCCUCAGCUUCCAGUAUCAGGUCCAGUUUUGAGCCAGUUAUUGCUCGGAGAACACCCAAAUCCCCAUUUUGUCCAUGUCAACGACCAUUCAAGAUACCUUACAUCGCGGUCUCAAACUUCCACUUAACACAUGCGUUUUAGUAAACAGAUACUGUGCUCCUUGUGGCGGAACGAUAUUGUGAAGAUGUGUGUAGUUGUUCCUUCAGUUAAUAGAACUCUUGUAUGUACCAAACUACAACAUGGCAUGUUUGUUAGAUCCAGCUUUAUGGCCCCCUCUUAUGUACCUUAUGAUCCUUGGAUUUAUACACACCAACCAUUGCAUUUUGGAAUUAGUUAUUGAUAGAAUGUAAGGGUUUUUAAAAUGUCGUGAUCAAUUGUGUCUGAAAAGUAAAAAGUAGUGGCGUGAAACAAAAUGUUCUGUGUGGCCAUAGAAUGUUAAUAUAGUCUAGCUUGCUAAUAAUUUGAGAUUUAGAUGUGUAUUAGAGACGAUAUUUAUUUUUGUAUAGAAUCUUUAUCACAUGGAGAGUAAUUUUGUUGAUGAAAUUUUGUAUUUCCUAUAUUUUAUGGUGUCGAUCCUAUGUACCUUGGAUGUUUAGUUGACAUAACUGGAAAGAAGUAGGUAUUUAGAAAGUUGUAAGAUGAGUGUCGUUUGUAUUGUCACAAGAAGCUUGUACCUAUCGGAGUGGCAGGCACAGGCGCACAAUCUCGCUAUACAGACAUGUACACGCUACCGAUGGGCGAGGUGUGGUUAUUGUUUAUUCAUUGUUUUUAGCAAUUAUUUUAAUCAAUACUACAGUUUGCAUUUUGUUUUUAAUUUAAGGACCAAUACAGUUUAAAGAAAAGCUUUGAAGGUUUUAUACAUGCAUAAUAAAUAACAGCAUCCGACUCUUUACAUAUAUAUUUAUUAUUAUAUACAUAUUUUUAAUUUUAUUUAAUUUUUAGGUAGGUAGGCCCAACAAAUUCUUUCAAAUUUUUAUUGUUAAAUUAGAAAUAGUAUGUUGUAGUUGAUAACCAAUUGAGACAUGCGUUCACACUCACAUACUGGAGAUCAAAUUGUUUAUUUUUUAUUUAUUAAAAAUAUGCAUUAUAGCUUCUAAUAUCAUCAUAGUAGAUAUUUUUAACAAAAUAAUUUUCAAAUCCAUGUGAUACAAAUUAAUGUGUAACAGAGAUGUGAAGAUUAUGAAUAUUACUAGAUAGGUAGGUUUAAUAAAUUUAAAAUUCCAUUCAAUA